CCCUCCUCGCUGUUCUGUGUUGUUGAUCUGCAUCAUGGCUCUGUUGCUUCUCAUCCUCCGUUAAUCACAGCUUUAUCUCUCUGUUAUCGGACUUGAUCUCUCCAUCUCUUCCUCUUUUACCUGUUGGCUUCUGCUCUCUCUGUUCAUCAUGGAUCUGUCCUUCAUGGCAGCGCAGAUCCCUGUAAUGACGGGCGCCUUCAUGGACUCGUCUCCGAACGACGACUACAGCACGGAUCACUCGCUCUUCAACUCCUCGGCCAGCGUCGCUCUUCACCAGCAGGAGGCGCCGCAGCGGGUUUCCCGCGAUGCCAUCUGGCUCUGGAUCGCCAUUUCUGCCACCAUCGCGAACAUCGUGGUGGUCGGAGUCGUCUACGCCUGCACCUUCUGAACUUACGAACUUUGGGAAAUAAACGUAGGUUCACGCUAGACAACUUAACCCCUGAUUUUUUUCCUCUUUCUCUCUCUGUCAUGUUUCCAGAUUCAUCUGCUAAUUCUUUUCUCGUUGCUAUGAAGAAGUUUAAUAUACCUUUUUUUUUAACAGUUAUCACGCUUUAGAUGGCAGGCUUUCAGACAGAAGUACUUUACUGCAGUAGUGAGUUCGGCUACAUAAAGAAAGCAAACUUCUUAACCCUCUGAAAUUUUUACUUUUCAGACCUGUAGAGCAACAGACUGCGGAUUUAUUCUGGAUUCAAAUCAUAAAACUAGUCAGUAAUCACUUUAAUCACAUGAGGUGUUCAGGUGAAGCUAAUCCAGAUCCCGUUUACAUUUCAUUCGUCUCGUAUCUGGAUUAUAUUCUGAUCAGUUUUUAACAACAUGCGUUUACACUCGUAAUCAAACACGUCACCGCUCACUCAGACUGAAACCUGAUUGGUGCAUUAAUAUGCAAAUGAGAUCAUUACAUUCAUUCAUUCAUUCAUUCAUACACCACCUUCUUGUGUUGUUCCUUAUGCAGUGGUUUAAUGAAUAUGAUGAUUACUGCAUUAACAUAUUGUGCUUUAAAUGAUCAGAUUUAGAUCUGAUACGGAUACGUUUCAUAACCCUGAUACUCGACACAUGAAGCAACAGAGUGUAAACAAAGUCCAACUCGAAUAGGACCAUAAAAUAUACAACAUUCAACACUCUUAUUAAAGGUAAAGUCACUAAAAUACGAUUUUUAUAGCAAUAGUUACGUCCGUAUGCUAGUAUGAGAGAUUCGGGAAACUCUGAUUAUUAUUUAUUAACUCUAAAGUUAAUAAAUAAAGACCUUUAGUAUGUGCAGCGCAGCCCAAAGUGCUUUAGUACUCUAAGAGGCAUCUUAAACAUGUUCUCUGAUUUGGUUUUACAUUUAUAAAGCGAAUCAUUUCCACGUUUACGGCACGAUCGGAUUCAUGUAGCAUAUUUACAGUUACGUUUAUGUUCUUCCAGCUGAAACACAAAAUUCAACGCAGUUUACGGUGUAUCUGAUUUCUACAAAUGCUUUUUCUUUUUCUUUCCUUCUUGUUGUUUUUAAUUCCUAGAGCAGGGCGUGUAAGCUAAGAGAUUUAACACACGAGGCACGAGGCAUUGUGCUGGCUGGAAUAAACUCUGUAAAAUAAAUUUACUUUAAAGUGCUUUACAGUAAAAAAAGAAAAAAAAGAAUAAUGCUUCAGAGUAAAGGAAUUAGAGAUGGAGCACAUUCACUCACAUGACACGAUUUAUUUGUUUGUUUGUUUGUUUGUUUGUUUUUUGAGACAGUAACUCAAAUUCAAAUCCUGAUACAGACAUAUUUAUUAAUUUUUUUAGAUAGUUUUUGGGCACGUAUAUAUAAUUUAAUUAUAUCCAUUUAUUUUUCUUUUUAUACUUGAUAUGCAGAAGUUAUUGCAAAUAUUACACAAUCCUGCACUAACAUUUAGUGCUCAUCAUUUCAAGAUUUAUUUUUUUGUUUGUUUGUUUGUUUAUUAUUUAUAAGGAUAGAGUGCUGAUGUGCCAAAUUUAAUUUACGAUAUUUCUUUAACAUUUUAGCAUUUUGUUUUUUGUUGUUGUUGUUGUUUAAAGUACUAUUAAGCCUCGAGGUUAUGAUCGUAUUUUUAAUGAGUCGUAAUGACGUUCUGUUCACAUUUUGUGAGAAAUGAAACUAAUAGAAGAAUAACUUGUGUAAUAUUUAUGAAUAUUUUGUAUAUAUUAGAUAUUUUCGACUUUAGUAGGCUAACUGUGUAUGUAUGUAUUUUUUGAAGCUUUAAAUGUAUAGAAUACACAGAAUGCUAUUUUAUCUUUUUUGUCUCUGCUUGAGUUUGUUGAUGAAUUUUGAUAUAUUAUAGAAAUUAAAUCCACAUUAUGAUCAAGUC